AUGGUAGCGAAUGUCGGAGACUCGCGAGGAGUGCUUUGUCAAGACGGAAGAGCUGUACCUAUGUCGGACGACCACAAACCGAAUCGACCAGAUGAGCGGAGAAGAAUCGAGUUAGCUGGAGGUAUGGUAGUGACCGUUGGGGUCGCUCGUGUUGGAGGCAUCCUUGCUGUGUCAAGAGCAAUCGGUGAUAGUCCACUGAAGCAAUUCGUACCUGCGACGCCGGAGUACAAAGUCAUCAGAAGGGAUCCUUCUCAGAAGUUCAUCAUCCUCGCUACCGACGGCCUGUGGGACGUGGUCUCCAACCAGGAGGUCACUUUUAUGCUGCUUGGCUGUCCCCUCAGCGUUGAUGUAGGCGGUGGAUUUCAUCUCGGAGAGAUGGAAUUGCAAAGGUCAUGGAGCCGCAGAGCUGGCGUGGAUGGCAUUCCACAGGUCCGCUGGUUGUCAUCGCCUUGGCGUUUGUCACCUCCGUUUGCAGAGGAUCGUGGGACAACAUCUGUGCCAUGGUAA